CGCGAGCCGGGCGGGCGGGCUCCGAUUGGGCGAGGCGGGGCGGCCAAUCCCCGGCGAGCGGCGGCCGCGGAGGCCAAUGGCCAGGCGCUGGGGGCGGGGCCGGGGUGUCUAGGUCCCGCCUCCUCGCCAGAGCGACCGGACGAGCGGCUGGAGUGCCUCUGAGUGCGGGGAGCGACCGCCCACGGCCAUGAUGAACGAACAGAUGCAGGAGAUGGAGGAGGUGAGCAAGGAGCUGCUGAAGCUGCUGGCAGCAGGUGGGGCUGGGAACCUGCUGAAGAGAAGCCUGGACAAACAGGAGAAGAUGUUUGACAAGCUCCUGGAUACGCAGCUGACGGCGGCGCAGCUGGUUAAAGAUCUCCUAGCCACGGAGGAGACGGUGGCGCAGACGCUCCUGGCGGGGGAAGAGGAGCUGCAGAGCAGCCUGCAGAAGGUGCGGGCGAUGGAAGAGGCGCUGCGGAGAGCCAGGGAGGACGACGCCAGCCUGAGGGCUGACAGCAGUGCCUUGCGGCGAGAGCUGGAGGAGCUGAGGGCCGAGCUCGGACGCCUGCAGGACGACAUGGAGGACGACGCUGGCAUGGUCAAUUCUGCAACGUACAUCGCGCAGCUUUAUUACAAGAUCAGCCGGAUCGACUGGGACUACGAGUGUGAGCACCCGCACAUCAAAGGCAGUAUCCUUUGGGGGGGGCACCCGCAGAUCAAAGGCAUCCAUCACGGCCCAGCCAUCGCUCAGCCCAUCAGCCUGGACAGCAGCCAGCUCUCCCGGUGCUUCAUCAGCGACUACCUGUGGAGCCUGGUGGACACGGCCUGGUGACGCGGCCCCAAGCCAGCCCCGUCUGGCUGCAUGCG